AUGAUAUCUGCUAAACGAAAACGUGCUGCUAUAGAUUGCUUUAGUCAUAUUUUGUCUGGACUUGCUUGUAUCCAUUCUCAAGGCUUGGUUCACAGAGAUGUCAAGCCAAAAAAUAUUUAUUGGAAACCAUAUGAAGGAAGUUCAAGUCGAGGAGAAUGGAAGCUUGGUGACUUUGGACUGGCGACUGUAUCUGAAUUGCCUAUUUCGUUAUCACCCACUUUGUCAGAUACUGUUUUACCAGCAGAAAAAAGUCAUUCCAAACGAGUUGCGCGAACCAUUGGAGUGGGGACGAUAACUUAUGCAUCACCUGAACAACUUGAUCCGCAACAAUCAGAUUGGUACACGCACUCAUCGGAUAUAUUUUCGCUAGGAAUUAUACUUUUUGAAUUGUUAUGUGUCUGCCGAACAGGAAUGGAGCGAGCAACAUUGAUCAGUAAUCUACGAUCAGGAAUUCUUCCAGAUCUGCUUGUCAAGGAAUAUCCAAAAGAGGCCACACUUAUUCUAUGCAUGACGGCAGAAGAUCCACUAAAAAGACCGACUGCACAACAAUUGCUGGUGGAUUUAAAACUAUUUGAAUAUGCUUUACAAAAAAACAAACAUCGCAAUGUGACUGAAAUGCAUAUCCAAACCGAUGAAGUGAAUAUAGACAAGGAGCAAAUCGAUCAUGCUGUUAUUGGCAGCAAGACUGUUUUGAAUUAUCCUAACACAGUAAUGCAAGACCAAUGUGUUCAGACGCCAAUAGAUUGGACAUGUUCAUGCAAUCAUGACAAGGAAGGAUUAACAGCACAGUUAUUGGAGCGAAUUCGAGAUCUAGAGAAUCAAUUACGAGAAUCCAAUAGUAGAUAUGACAAGAGUUUGACUAAAUAA